AUGGCCCAGCGUUUGACAUGCCGUCGGAGGCUUUCCUACCACGCAGCCUUUAACCAAACUAGGCUGUCCCGAACCCCUGGCAAUAGAACUGUUUGCCUUUAUACCAAGAAGGUUAGGAAAGCGCCAAAAUCUGCAUGUGGCGUGUGCCCAGGCCGACUCCGCGGAGUUCGUGCUGUGAGACCUAAAGUUCCAAUGAGCUUGUCUAAAACGAAAAAACAUGUCAGCAGGGCCUCUGGCGGGUCCAUGUGUGCUAAAUGUGUCCGUGACAGGAUCAAGCGUGCUUUCCUUAUUGAGGAGCAGAAAAUCGUUGUGAAAGUGUCGAAGGCACAAGCACAGAGUCAGAAAGCUAAAUAAAUUUAAAUACGAAGCUUUCUUUGAGU